UUCGCAGAAAUGUGGUGACAAGAACAAUGUUACACGGAAAAUGAAAUUUUUUUUCUCUUUUACAUAGUGCCGUGCCGUGUUUGCAUUACUAUGGGGAAAUUGCUUGAGGUCUUGGCGAGCAAUCAUACAUCACCAGUUUGCCCUGUGCUCACCAGACCUACUGACAAUGAUGAUUCGCCAGGCUGUGAGUACAAUAAUUGGGCAUACGCUCUGUUUGCGGUGGUCGCUUUCAUCAUUGUCGGCAUCCCGUUUGUGGCCUUCAUUUGCUACGUACAAAGGAGAAUACAGACUAAAAAACGAGCUAGAGGUCUUACUCGCAGUAUUAGCCACGAUAGCUCAAGCCCCUAUCCAUAUCAGCCUAUCUACAAAGAAGGAGCUGGAUAUGCUAAUUAUGGAGCCACGGCUGAAAAUAGCAGUGUUGAGGAGCAAGCUAUCAGAUCUCCAAGUCAUGAUUCUACAACCAGUCUGGGUGAUAGACUAAGCCAACAUCCAGACACCACUAGUGUGGCGUCCAGCCGUGCAAGUGUGAUUCCUACCUAUGAUGACGUUUCUUUGGGUCAGCGCAGUGCUUUGAUAGCAAAUAGAACUCGUCAUCCCUCUAAUGCAGAAACCCAAAGGGGUGGAAACAACCAACCUCCUCCAAAAGAGAAUAAAAGAAGAUCAUCACGCUUGUCAAGUGACAGCCAAGAAAGGGGUGUGGAUCAACCAGGACAGUUUUAUGACUCUGUAGAUGUUGUGACAAAUAUACCUAAGAUCCAAAAACAAACUGUUCCUGAUAGUAAAGACCGAAAUCAGGCACCGUGCAAACCCCCAAGGCAGCUCGUAAAUGAUGUCAACACAACAGUGACUGAGGAGCCGGUGUAUUCUGUGUUGGAAGGCCCUGAACCUGAAGGUGCCUCUCAGCCCCCAUCAAAUGGCGUCAUGAUCCCUGAAGUGAGUGCUGCAAGUGCGAUCCAUGAGGAUGUGAAACCAAGUGAAGGAGGUGAUGGUAGUUCAGGAACUGGUGAUGAAGGUUCUCCAGAGUAUGCUGUUCUGGAGCAUGAUAAGGAUGAAGAUCAGACACAAGAUAAUGAAAAUGAACAGAGAGACCAAACACCCAGCGAAGAGAAACCUUGUUUAUUAGGUGAUGAAAAACCAGCAGAUGACUCUUGUUUUGAUGAAGCUACUGCAAGCUCCCCUCCAGAUGACAGAUACUUGCCCAUUCUUCCUCCUACUCCUCCUGAAGAAAUCAACGAACCAUCAAGUGAGAAGCAAGCAUUGUUAGAAUCAAGUGGCUCACACAAAUUUGAUCAGUAUUCAGUCACUCCAAAAGCUGUUUCCAAGUCAAGAACUGACUUUGAAGAAUUUCUACUGGGCAAAGUCAGAGAUUUACCAGCAAAUGAAAGGAACGGUAUUUUCCUUAUUCGUGAUUCAAUUUCUUCCACUGGAUCAAAGGUGCUAACCAUGUACUGUUGGAAGUCUGACUCAAACAAGGAGCUUUACAAUUUCAAGAUCAAUUUGACAGAAGAAGGACAGGCAUUCCUUCACAGGAGUUCAAAAAAGUUUUCACAUUUAAGUGGACUUUUGGCAUAUCUCAGAGAACACAAAGACAUGCUGCCUUGUGUUUUAACAGCUCAAGUUUUCCCAUAAUUGCAGAAGUGCAUCUUGAGCCUUGCGUGAUACGUGUCCAGCUGCAAGAGGGGAACUGCAUCCUGUAAAACAAAAGAGCAUGUAGUAUAUAUUUAUAUUUAUAAGGUAAUAUAGAACUCCACAUAACGUGAAUUAGUAUUAGAUAUUAUGUCAAAAUGAUAUCAUUGCCCAUGUUUCUCUAAAGAAAGGUUCAUUUAAAGGAGUUCAGCCACGGCAUUUUGAGUUAUUUUGGCCACGUAGAAAAUAACCUUUGAUGAAGGAAACCUGAAAAUAGUAGUUUUGU